UCCCUCCAUCUCUAUGACAUCAUUGUCAUCUUCCAAUUUUCCAUUCAAUGCAUUUUCCAUCAUUGUUGUAGGUUAGAUUAUCAAAAUGAGAAACUAAAGUUUGAAAAUCAGUAAUAUUAGUUUUAUAUCUUUUAAUCUUCUAAAGAUCUAAAUCAUGCAUCAUCAAAUAAUGUUUAAACCUUGGUGGCUUAGGCAUAAUGUUUCUAGUCUACUGCUGAAAACGACUUGCCGGCCCUUGACUAGCUGUUUACCUACUUCUCAUAAUAAAGUUUCUCUAAAUUAUCUUCAGUGCCAAAGAUGCUACUCAACACCCCGACGUCCAAAUUUUCUUUCACAAUUUGUGGAAAACAUAAAACAAGAAAUGGCAAAAAACAAAGAGAUGAAGGAGAACUUAAAAAAGUUCAGAGAAGAAGCUCAAAGACUCGAACAUUCCGAGGCUUUACAAAAAGCUAGACAAAAAUACCAGACGGUUGAGUCCGAAGCUUCCAAAACUUCUGAAGUGCUGCGUGAAAGUUUGGGUUCAAUCAAGGAUAGAGUUCAAGAAACAUUAGAUGAAGUUAGCAAAACUGAAAUAGCCAAAAAAGCUGGGCAAAUCAGAGAAGAAAUUGGAAAAACAGCAAAGGGAGCUGCUGAGUCAAUAUCUGAAAGCGGCCAAAAACUGGGGAAAUCAGGAGCUUUCCAAACCAUAAGUCAAACUGCUGCUGCCGUUAAACAGGAGCUUGAUACGACAGGCAUGCAGGCUUACGUCUACAGGACUCCAGUGAAGUUGAGGAUGAGAAAAGAUGUCAGCGAACUGCAAGACAACAAGACUGUGGAAGCCAACACAGAUGCCACCGGAGUAGAGCUUCACAAAGAUUCUAAAUUCUAUGAAAGUUGGCAGAAUUUCAAAGACAAUAACCCUUAUGUGAACAAAGUGUUGGACUGGAAGAUAAAGUAUGACGAGAGUGACAAUCCGGUCAUAAGGGCAACGAGACUUUUCACCGAUAAAGUGACAGAUGUUAUGGGAGGAUUGUUUCAGAAAACAGAGCUUUCGGAAACGUUAACGGAAAUAUGUAAACUAGAUCCUAAUUUUGACAAGUCUGAGUUUCUCAGGGAAUGUGAGACCGAUAUAAUCCCAAAUAUUUUAGAAGCUAUGAUUCGAGGCGAGUUGGACAUUUUAAAGGACUGGUGUCACGAAGGAGCGUACAAUGUUCUGUCCACUCCUCUCAGGCAAGCAAAACAACUCGGGUACAAAUUUGCUUCUAAAGUGUUAGAUAUCGAUAAUGUUGACUUGUAUAUGGGCAAAGUUAUGGAUCAGGGACCUAUCCUGGUGAUAACGUUUACCUCUCAGCAAAUUCUUUGUGUCAAAGACUCUAAAGGAAAUGUCAUUGAGGGUGACCCGGAUAAAAUCCUCAGGGUGAAUUAUACUUGGGUUCUAUGUAGGGACAAGACUGAGUUGAAUCCUAAGGCUGCUUGGAGGCUACUCGAGUUUGCUGCACAAAGUUCAGAACAGUUAGUUUAAAAUUAUCAUUGAUACAAUUAUUUUUAUAUCUUUGUUUUAGAAGAUUUCUUGACAUCUAUCCAAAACAUAAUUUCUGUUUAGAAAAUCUCAGUCUUAGCACCCUGUAUUAUAAUUGUUUAUUAUAUGUAAAAAUAUAUAUAUAGACUGUUAGUUAUAGCUGAGUUGUGAUUUGUCCCUAGAUUUUACAAGAUGAACUGUUUUUUUGCAUCGAUUAAUAUUUCUGUUUCAAUAAAAAUUAGUAUUCAUUUACUGUUCA